UGCCCAGGGAACAACAUCACUGAGCAGGCAAUGGACCAGAGGCGACAUAGUGGAGGUCAGUGGAUGGGGAAAAGUCCUGGGGGACAACAAUGUUAACCACAAACAGAAACAGACAGUCGAACAAAAAACAACAUCCAAACUUAGUCUCCAUGACAACAGACUGGCUGUGAUCAGGACGAGGCGUAGAUUUAGUCGACGGGGAGGUGUCCGUAUGCAGGGGGAGAGAACAGACACUGACUCAGCUAGCGAUGCUCCGUCCUGCUCCUAUAGUUGUGAUUCAGAGAGACUGAUGGCGCCUCAGGUUAACCCCCUAACAGGUGCUGCCUUCAGCCUGCCUUCUAUGGGAUCUAUCAAAUGGAACAUGGACCCUGCAACAACACAGACACUUCCUGGCCUUCAUCCUCCUCACACUCUCCUUAUGUUAAACCAGACCUCAGAAAAUGUCGGUGUCUCAACACUAAAUGGCUGCACAAGCCCAUUGACAGUAGUAGAGAUGGAAUCAGUAACGUUGUAAGCGUCAAAGUGAAGCGCUUCAGUUUUCCCAAACAGAUGGAGAUCUACCAGAGGAUGCACACGGUGGAGAAACCCUUCGGCUGCCACCUGUGCCGGGCCAGUUUCUCCCACCAGUCCAACCUGAAGAGGCACCAGAGGGUUCACACAGGAGAGAAAUCCUACAGCUGCCCCCAGUGUGAGAAGAGGUUCUGAAGGAACCUGAAGGUCUACACGGGACAUGCACGCACUGCGGGAAGAGGUUCUCAGAAAGGAGCUACCUCAGGAUACACCAGCAGAAAAUGCACACGGCCCAUGUGUAUUGUGACAUGUAAUGUAGUACUAGUUAGUUUGUAGUUAAUUCUGUUGAUUUUGGCUGUACUGGACUGAACUGAGGAAAGAAUUAGUAUGAGGCAGAGUAGAUAUGGUGAUGGUUGGUUCGGUGGUGCCUGUAAAAAUGCUGAUAUGUUGAAACUAGUGUCAGUGCUGGAAAAAGUACCCAAAUGUCAUACUUUAGUAAAAGUGAAGAUACCUUAAUUGAAAAUGACUCAAGUAAAAGUGAAAGUCACCCAGUAAAAUACUACUUGAGUAAAAGUAUAAAGGCAUUUGGUUUUAAAUACACUUAAGUAUUAAAAGUAAAUGUACAGGGCCUCCUGAGUGGCGCAGCGGUCUAAGGCACUGCAUCAGCGUGCUAGAUGCGUCACUACAAACCCGGGUUCGAACCCAGACUGUAUCACAACCGGCCGUGAUCGGGAGUCCCAUAGGGCGGCGCACAAUUGGCCCAGCGGGUCAUGUUUCAGAGGAUGCAUGACUCGACCUUUGUCUCCCGAGCCCGUUGGGGAGUUGCAGCAAUGAGACAAGAUCCAAUUGUGCAUUUAUGUUCAGUGUGUCCACCAGAUCAGAGGCAGUAGGGAUGACCAGGGAUGUUCUCUUGAUAAGUGCGUGAGGAACAUUUUCCUGUCCUGCUAAGCAUUCAAAAUGUAAGUACUUUUGGGUGUCAGGGAAAAUGUAUGGAGUAAAAAGUACAUUAUUUUCUUUAGGAAUGUAGUGAAGUAAAAGUUGUCCAAAAUAUGAAUAGUAAAGUAUAGAUGCCCCAAAAAACGACUUCAA